GUUGUGAUGAUUGACAAACAGUCCCAGUGCAAUGUAUGGACGCACACCUUUCCCUGGCCAGGUGGGCGGGGUCUAUACCGGAAGACAAUAGCUAAUUACUACACGUGACAUCUUACAUCAAAAGUCUAGGUCUCGAGUUUUGCACGAGAACACGUCUAUGGGACGGCACUCGAAAUCAAGAAAUUCCUAUAGUGCUAUAUAGGUUGAGGAGAGUAGUGAAUUACCUGGAUUACAGCGGAUUUCUAUCCGAGUAGAAUUAGAGAUAAAACACUGGGCAUAAAAACGUGUUGGUCGCCGCUAACACCUCCUAUUAGGGCACUGGCUCGUAAUUCGAUGGACAAAAUUGGCCUCGUAAGACUACUCAAGGAAAACUAACUUAUAUUUCAUUAUAGAAGUGAAAACUGGCUAUAGACCAUUGACACAGCGCUGGAGAAUACGCUGUCCGAUAAUCAUUCUGAGUUUUAUGCUUAAUUCCUAAAAUAAUUGACAAAAUGAACACGAUAAUUAAUUCUGCUAAUACAAUAAUUAAUUCUUCGUCGCCACCAAUGCUAGGGUUUCAGUCCCAGUAUGGUUCGGGAGGACAUUUUCAACAGAUGUAUAACACUCAGCCUGUCCAGCGUCCGUCUUUCGCCAUCCAGGAAAUACUUGGACUUCCCGCUUCGUCUUGUCGACAAAAUCCAAGUCCGGAUAUACUCGAUCCACAAGGCAUGUCGCCAUCUAAUAUAAUGUACAUUUCUGGACUCAACUCUGGACACAAUUCCGGAUCUUGUGGAGGCGAGCUGCCUCCACAGCAGACUUACUACAGGGAUCAAGCAAUGAUGCCCCAGACAUCCUGUGCAAAUUUUAACCCCUGGCGAAUGGACACAUCCUACAACCAAUAUCAACCUAACCCGAUUCAGACCAGCCCCGACCUCCCGGGACCAAGGUACGGGGAAAAUCCUGGGUACGGCCUCAAAGCACCAUGUCUGGAAGAUGUGCCCCAGAGACCGGAGUGUGCACACAUACAGAAGACAGAGUGUGGUAGUCACGGGAAGAAGCAGAAGAAAAGACGGCGACAUAGGACGAUAUUCACAAGUUACCAGAGUGACGAGCUUGAGAAGACAUUUAAAGAGGCUCACUACCCGGACCUGUAUACACGGGAAGUGUUGGCACUGAAGAUCGACCUACCAGAGGACCGUAUUCAGGUCUGGUUUCAAAACAGACGUGCAAAAUGGCGAAAGAGCGAGAAAACAUGGGGGAAGAGCAGCAUUAUGGCAGAAUAUGGUCUAUACGGAGCCAUGGUUAGACACGCACUUCCGCUUCCGGAGUCUAUCCUAAAAUCGGCUAAUAAGGGCAUUGACAAGUCAAACGCACCAUGGCUAUUAGGUAUGCACAAGAAAUCUAUCGAGGCGUCUAAAAAGAUGAAAGAGGAGGAGAAUGAAGACGAUGAAGGAUCAGACGAUAAACACAAAGACGAGUUCCGGUCGGAGAGUAUCGCCGCCUUACGGGCUAAAGCACAGGAACAUAGUGCCCGGAUGUUACAAGCACUCAACCGGGAAGGAAAACAAAAUUUUGAAGAGACAAGUAACAGUUCUUUUGACAGUUCAUUUUUCUCUGACUCAGGUGAUACAUCUACAGACAUCACCAGGCAGUGAUUUACAUAUUGGCUCAUGCUGUUAUUCCACUAGUCCUGAAUACUGAACAACACUAAAACGGGUGCCAUCGCCAUAGCCUUGCUUUGCUACAGUGUAUCAUGUUUACAUUGUGGGACUAUAAAACUGUAUGUACAAGUACAAGUACAAGUACAAUUAUUGUAUGUCUAGUUUUCAAAUACAACGUUUGUCUACAAUGUGUAUAUGCGCACAUAAAUUAUACUGUCGUCAUAUAACGGUAUAUUAUAUAAGUAUGUGUGUAUGCGUACCUUAAUUAUACUGUCGUCAUAUUACGGUAUAUUAUAUAAGUAUGUGUGUAUGCGUACCUUAAUUAUACUGUCGUCAUAUUACGGUAUAUUAGAGAAGUAUGUGUGUAUGCGUACAUCAAUUGUACUGUCGUCAUAUUACGGUAUAUUAGAGAAGUACUCGUAUAUUGAGAAUAAUGACUGACUGAAGUACAAGUGUACAAUUGCAUUAUGUUUAUAAUGUGUACGCUUUGGUGCCACACCAAGUCACAAUGUGUAUGGUUUGCUAUAACUGAAUUUAUGCUGAUCUCAUUCUGUUAUUGUAAAUGGUGUAGGAUUGCCUCGCAGUACCACAGGGACCCGAGAAGUAACCUCAGUGAGAUAUAAUGUACCGAGUUUAGACUUUACACGAGACAGGCAUGUCUACAGACCACAUGUGUCAGGAAUGUAUCUUAUAAACAGACCAUGCCGAUGGGAAAAUGACAUAAAUGUAUAAAAUUGAGAAUUCUAAUACGUAACCUAAAUAUAUGAUAACCUGCGGUUCUGUAAGUCUGAAUCAUUAAUUGAUUUGCUUUUAAAGUGGGCACAUGUGUAAAUUCUUGAUAUGCAAGUGUGGCGCAAUCAUUAACCUUUUGAAAUGUAAACAUAUUGCAUACAUGUGUAGAUACCUGCCCGAUUCACGGGUUCAUGUGAUAGAUACAUGCUAAUUCUCGGGUCCCUGUGAUAAAUUAAGGCUAAUCAUCGGGUCCCUGUGGUGAGGCGCAUCUUUUAUGACCACAGCUCAACUUACGGUAUUUGUCCGUUCUCGUUACUUUAAUGUGUUCCUUUACUUUGUCCGUUCUCGUUCCUUUAAUGUGUUCCUUUACUUAGUCCAUUCUCGUUCCUUUACUUUGUCCGUUCUCGUUACUUUAAUGUGUUCCUUUACUUUGUCCGUUCUCGUUACUUUAGUGUGUUCCUUUACUUAGUCCGUUCUCGUUACUUUAGUGUGUUCCUUAACUUUGUCCGUUCUCGUUACUUUAGUGUGUUCCUUAACUUUGUCCGUUCUCGUUACUUUAGUGUGUUCCUUUACUUUGUCCGUUCUCGUUACUUUAGUGUGUUCCUUUACUUUGUCCGUUCUCGUUACUUUAAUGUGUUCCUUUACUUAGUCCGUUCUCGUUCCUUUAGUGUGUUCCUUUACUUUGUCCGUUCUCGUUACUUUAGUGUGUUCCUUUACUUUGUCCGUUCUCGUUACUUUAAUGUGUUCCUUUACUUAGUCCGUUCUCGUUACUUUAGUGUGUUCCUUAACUUUGUCCGUUCUCGUUACUUUAGUGUGUUCCUUUACUUUGUCCGUUAUCGUUACUUUAGUGUGUUCCUUAACUUUGUCCGUUCUCGUUACUUUAGUGUGUUCCUUUUCUUUGUCCGUUCUCGUUACUUUAGUGUGUUCCUUUACUUUGUCCGUUCUCGUUACUUUAGUGUGUUCCUUUACUUUGUCCGUUCUCGUUACUUCAGUUUGUUCCUUUACUUAGUCCGUUCUCGUUACUUCAGUUUGUUCGUUUACUUUGACCGUUCUCGUUACUUCAGUUUGUUCGUUUACUUAGUCCGUUAUCGUUACUUUAGUGUGUUCCCUUACUUUGUUCGUUCUCGUUACUUUAGUGUGUUCCUUUACUUUGUCCGUUCUCGUUACCUGUUAUCUAAUUUGUCUGUUUUCGUUACUAUUGUCUAUUAAUAUCGCCAAUGCUGUAUUUGUUGUUAUCUUAUAAUGAAUAUCAUGUUUAAUUGUAAAUAAGAGAUAGCUAUAUUUAUCACGAACGAUAUUUUGUAAAUAACUCGUGCUUUUUGUUUUAGUAUUCUUAGUCGAAUAGUAACUAUUUUUAGUAUAAUUUAUUCAAGUAUAGAAUAAAGUAUCGUACGAUUUCAACGUCAUGCAACUAAAUUAAUUAAAAUCUACUGAAUUAAUUGAAAUCAAUUGAAUCAUUAAUAAGCGCAAUGUAAACACGUUUAGAAUAUACAUAUGCUACAAUUCGAUGGAUAUUCUAGUAAAAAUAACCACGUUGAACUUUUUAUUUAGUAUUUUUCACUAAUCUCAUCUCAUUAAACUAUCAUGCGUACAAAAAAACAAUAUGUCAAUGAUGUCUUUGUGUACAAAAUGGUCAGCUUUUUCUGACCUUGACCCUCGACAUUUCGUGUCACUGUUUUGCCUAUACACACAUACUUUUAUUUUGUGUCAUAAAAGGUGCAAUAUAUUUUAUUUCGAAUAAAGAACUACAAUAAAUUGCU